CCUAGCCUCUAAAUUCAUUCAAUUCACCCCAAUCUCAAUUUAAUUUUACUUCACAUUUGAAUAAAGACCAAACAAAUCGCAAAGCAUGGCCCAAAAGCCAACGAGAGAUAUUUUUGGCAUUAUUUUCAAAAAUUUUUGGAAGUCAUUGCGACCCCGACAAUUCCGCGGCAACUACAUUGGCGAAGACUAUUUUGGCAACAAAUAUUUUGAGAUCCCGGCAAAUCCGGCGAUUGGCAAACGCAAAUCCUCGCGUUGGUUCGAGCCGGCUGACAAGGAUGCAUUCGAUCAGGAGCUAACCGCCGAAUGGGAGGCCUGGCUGCGCGGACGUCGUGAGGAGCCACCUACCCGGGAGGAGCUGGUGAAAAAUCUCCAAAUAAUGGACAUGAAAAAGCGAAACGCGGCCGAACUGGAGGCCACCUAUGCAAAGGCCAAGGAUGAAAAAGCCAUGCCCAAGCAGGUGGAGGGCCCAACCAUUGGCACGUUUCCCAAAUACAAAGAUUACGAGUUCAUACCAGGACGAGAUCCGCCAGAAAGGAAGUAGUCAUAUUUGAAAUGAAUUUUUAAUGUGUAAAUAUAUUAAUUAUGUAGCUUAAUGUUCUACCAAUCAUCCAAA